AAACACCACCGCGUCCUCACCUGGAGGUUUCCUUUUGCAAAAGAGUCGGGUGAGGGCUGGAAAGCAAUUAAGAAGAGUGUGGAAAGUGCGAGUGCGGACGCUCCGGACGCGAGGGGCGGGGCGUGCGCGGGACAAAGGAAAACGAGGCCGGAGCUACGGGCGCUUUUUCUGCCCGCGGAAAGACCAUCUUAUGCCCCACCUCCCACCCCAGCUCCUGCAACACAAAUGCCCAGCACACCAGGGUUUGUGGGAUACAAUCCAUACAGUCAUCUCGCCUACAACAACUACAGGCUGGGAGGGAACCCGGGCACCAACAGCCGGGUCACGGCCUCCUCUGGUAUUACGAUUCCAAAACCCCCAAAGCCACCAGAUAAGCCGCUGAUGCCCUACAUGAGGUACAGCAGAAAGGUCUGGGACCAAGUAAAAGCUUCCAACCCCGACCUAAAGUUGUGGGAGAUUGGCAAGAUUAUUGGUGGCAUGUGGCGAGAUCUCACUGAUGAAGAAAAACAAGAAUAUUUAAACGAAUACGAAGCAGAAAAGAUAGAGUACAAUGAAUCUAUGAAGGCCUAUCAUAAUUCCCCCGCAUACCUUGCUUAUAUAAAUGCAAAAAGUCGUGCAGAAGCUGCUUUAGAGGAAGAAAGUCGACAGAGACAGUCUCGCAUGGAGAAAGGAGAACCUUACAUGAGCAUUCAGCCUGCUGAAGAUCCAGAUGAUUAUGAUGAUGGCUUUUCAAUGAAGCAUACAGCCACCGCCCGUUUCCAGAGAAACCACCGCCUCAUCAGUGAAAUCCUUAGUGAGAGUGUGGUGCCAGACGUUCGGUCAGUUGUCACAACAGCUAGAAUGCAGGUCCUCAAACGACAGGUCCAGUCCUUAAUGGUUCAUCAGCGAAAACUAGAAGCUGAACUUCUUCAAAUAGAGGAGAGACACCAGGAAAAGAAGAGGAAAUUCCUGGAAAGCACAGAUUCAUUUAACAAUGAACUUAAAAGGUUGUGCGGUUUGAAAGUGGAAGUGGAUAUGGAAAAAAUUGCCGCUGAAAUUGCACAGGCAGAGGAACAGGCUCGCAAAAGGCAGGAGGAAAGAGAAAAAGAGGCAGCGGAGCAAGCUGAACGCAGUCAGAGCAGCAUGGUUCCUGAGGAAGAGCAAGCUGCCAGUAAGACCGAGGACAAGAAGGAUGACGAGAGUGUCCCAAUGGAGACAGAGGAGACACACCUUGAAGAAGCGACGGAGAGCCAACAGAAUGGUGAAGAAGGCACAUCUACUCCUGAGGACAAGGAGAGCGGGCAAGAGGGGGUGGACAGUAUGGCUGAGGAAGGGACCAGUGAUAGUAACACUGGCUCAGAGAGCAACAGUGCAACCGUGGAGGAACCACCAGCAGACCCCACACCGGAAGACGAGAAGAAAGAAUAAAUGUUGCCUUGUUUUAUGUGUUCUAAAUACUUUUUUAAAUGAAAAAAAGAUGUUUUUUGAGUUUUAA